AUGGGAAAUGCCAACCAGACAGCCUCUGUGACAGAGUUUGUUCUCCUGGGCCUCUCUGCUCACCCAAAGCUGGAGAAAACGUUCUUCGUGCUCAUCCUGCUGAUGUACAUGGUGAUCCUGCUGGGCAACGGGGUCCUCAUCCUGGUGACUGUGUCCAAUUCUCACCUGCACACACCCAUGUACUUCUUUCUGAGGAACCUCUCUUUCCUGGACAUCUGCUACACAACCUCCUCAGUCCCCCUCAUCCUUAACAGCUUCCUGACCCCCCGGAAAACCAUCCCUUUCUCAGCCUGUGCAGUGCAGAUGUUCCUCUCCUUUGCCAUGGGAGCCACAGAGUGUGUGCUCCUGAGCAUGAUGGCAUUUGAUCGCUAUGUGGCCAUCUGCAACCCCCUUAGGUACCCUGUGAUCAUGAGCAAGGCUGCCUACAUGCCCAUGGCUGCCAGCUCCUGGGCAGCUGGAAGCACUGCCUCCAUGGUGCAGACAUCCCUUGCAAUGAGGCUGCCCUUCUGUGGAGACAACAUCAUCAACCACUUCACCUGUGAGAUUCUGGCUGUCCUGAAGUUGGCCUGUGCUGAUAUCUCUGUCAAUGUGAUCAGUAUGGGAGUGACCAAUGUGAUCUUCCUGGGGGUCCCAGUUCUGUUCAUCUCUUUCUCCUAUGUCUUCAUCCUUGCCACCAUCCUGAGGAUCCCCUCAGCAGAGGGGAGAAAAAAGGCCUUCUCCACCUGCUCUGCCCACCUCACAGUCGUGGUCAUCUUCUAUGGGACCAUCCUCUUCAUGUAUGGGAAGCCCAAGUCUAAGGACCCGCUGGGGGCCGACAAGCAAGACAUUGCAGACAAACUCAUCUCCCUCUUCUACGGGGUGGUGACUCCCAUGCUCAACCCAAUCAUCUACAGCCUGAGGAACAAGGAUGUGAAGGCUGCUGUGAGGAACCUGGUAUUUCAGAAAUGCUUUCCCCAAUGAUGUCUGGGGGAACAGAUUUCCACUAGCUCUUUGCUUCUUGGCUGCUUUCACCCACAAAUCUCAGAAGAGAAUGUUUUCCAAAGAAGAGACAUGUGAAGAGUGAUUACCAGAAAAUUGAAGUACUCAUGUAAUAGAUCACUUUAGCUGUGAUUGAACCCAAUGAAAAGGCCGAAACCUAGAACCCAGGGGGAGUGUGGCUUGAGGGGAUGGAAGCAGGAUGCUGCUGGUUACACAAGGAAUGAUUUUUUUUGUUUCUCCACUGUUCAAGUCUGAAUUCAACCUUUCGUGAGCAGGUGGUUUCUCUGUUUUGGGAAAAACGCCCUAGUGCACCUUUGUGUUACAAAAAUGUAAAGCCAAGAUCCUACUCUUGAAAGGAGGCACUGAAGACACCAUGGGACAGAACUUCAUGACCCUGCCCACUUCCCUAGCACAGUGCUUCCCAAUCUUUGUCUUGCCAUGGAGCACACAGAAAAUAAUGGGAUGCAUAUGGCACCCCAGGGUGAGUGGAUGAAUCUAUUCAUGGCUGAAGGCAAUUCACCUGGGGGCUUAGGUCACUACAGGUUCUUCUUAGUAAUCCCAGGAAGACUCUGAGCUUGGCACAUCUGUAGCCUAUAGCACAUUAGCUGGAAUAUUCUGCCUGAAGCAGAAUGUGUCUUCCCUUAGCCCCUACUGAGAGGACAGUCGUGCUCUCUCCUUUGGCUACAGAUAAUUGGAGAGUUGACCCAAACUGGGCUAGUCAUAUUUUCUCUCCAAGGCAUUUGGAAUUUGGACAUAGAGUCACCUCUCAGUUGGCCCAAGGCUCUUGAACUGAGAGACCAUGUAAAGCUGCGAUGAAUGUGACCCUGUAUCUAGCAAGGAAGAGAAAGCUGUUCUGCAGAGAGAGAGAUGAUGAAGCAAAUGUGCAAAGAGGACCAGAGCUACAUGAAACAGAAAUAAAGGCUGCAAUACUUAGGCUAGGUACUUUUUUUUUUGCGGGAAAUUUUAAUCCUGUAGAAAGAAUAAAACUUAGGUAUUCAUCUUCCAAAUCCAAAGAUGAUCUGCUCAUGGCAGAUCGUGUGUGUGUGUGUGUGUGUGUGUGUGUAUGUGUGUGUGUGUGUGUAAAAUCUUUAAUUUUCAAAAUUUUCCUGGGUACAUAGCAGGUAUAUAUAUUUAUGGAGUAUAUGGGAUAUUGCGAUACAGUCAUACAAUGUAUAAUAAUAACAUCAGGAUAAAUGGGGUUCCAUCACCUCAAGCAUUUAUCCUUUGUGUUACAAACAAUCCAAUUAUACUCUUUAGUUAUUUUAAAAUGUACAGUUAAAUUGUUUGUUACUAUAGUCACCCUGCUAUGCUAUCAAAUACCAGAUCUUACUCAUUCUGUUUUUUGUACCCAUAAGCCAUCUCUUCCCCUCUACUCUCUCAUCACCAUUCCCAGCCUCCGACAACUAUCAUUCUACUUUCCAUCUCCAUGGGUUCAAUUGUGUUAAAAUUUAGCUUCCACAAAUAAGUGAGAACAUGCAAAAUUUGUCUUUCUGUGCUGCUUAUGGCCAGUCUUGUUCUUCUGUAGCCCUGUGGAUUAUUUCUCCUUCUCCUUAAUCAUUCUAAAGCAAAUCCCAAAUGAUAAUAGCAUUCCAUCUUGAAAGAUUUUAGUAUUUAUAUCCAAAAAAGAUUAGUACUCUUGUAAAAAUAUAGUCCCAUUUAAUAUCUAACAUACAAAUAAAUCACCUAAAACUCAAUAAUUCCUUGAUAUCAUCAAUUAUCCAACGUUUAUAUUUCCAGAAAUGUCUUAUAAAUUAUUUAUUUUAAUUUUUAAAUUCAAUGAGGAUCCAAAUAACAGCGUUAUUGUGAUUUGUCUCUGAUAUGGUUUGGCUGUGUCCUUACCCACAUCUCAUUUUGAAUUGUAGUUCCUGUAAUCUCCACGUGUUGUGGGAUGUCGUGAGAGGGACGUGGUUGGAAGUAAUUUAAUCAUGGGAGUGGUUACCCUCAUGCUGUUCUCAUGAUAGUGAAUGAGUUCUCAUGAGAUCUGAUGGUUUUAUAAGGGCUUUUCCCCUCUUUUGCUUGACACUUCUCCUUGUUGCUACCAUGUGAAGAAGAACAUGUUUGCUUCCCCUUCUGCCAUGAUUGUAAGUUUCCUGAAGCCUCUUCAUCUAUGCUGAACUGCGAGUCAAUUAAACCUCUUUCCUUUAUAAAUUAUGCAGUCUCAGGUAUACCUUUACCAGCAGUGUGAGAAUGGACUAACACAGCCUCUUUCAGUCUGUAUUUCCCCCUCCCUUUUUCUAUCUUUCCCUCUGCCUCUGUUCCUCCCACCACCACCCUGCUUUUAGGCUAGAUUUUUUUUUUUUUGGAAAAAAUAGUUUCCCUUAAUGGUAAAGUAUAAAGUUUACCACAGUCUGAUUUUGCUGAUUGCAGUUUUGUGGUGUCUGUCUUUGUGUUUCCCAUAAAUUGGUAAUUAUAUCUAGUUAUUAAGUUUUGUGUGUGUGUGUGUGUGUGUGUGUGUGUGUGUGUGUGUGUGGUGUUAUGAGCUCAUGGCUCCUGACACCUUCUGCAUGAGAGUCAGUUGAGAGCAAGGCCCUAUUUUUUGCUAAGGAAGCAUCUGUGGACAACACAGAAAAAAACAUGUGCCUGUGAAACUUAUAUUCUAACAGGAGAGGA